UCUACUACUAGUACUCACUCAAUUAUUAUAUCAUUUUUGAAUGGAGGGAAAGCUAGUACAUCAGUAUUUGUCUUGGGUUCUGGGCAUUGCACGUGUUUUAUGAUUCCUAAAGAGGAUCUUCACUCCUUUUCAAGAAACUAAUACUGGACUUGUCUUCGAGCAGGUCUCAAGCACGCGGUCUUCCUCCGAACGGCCAUUGUUGUCUCCACGCUCUACUUUUGACUCUAACAAGCCGCUCCCGUCCCCGCCUCCCCCGGGCACUGUCGACAAAGUAGAUGGCAGGCCUCGUCAUCCUGUGCUAAAACUAAACCGCAUCAUGGCAGCAUUGACAGACCUCGAGAUCGAGAAGUUGUUUUCCGGAGCUCCGCAGUUCUUUGCUCGGUCUCAGGGUCACGGUACCGGAGCCCCGCAUCCUUCCGUCGCCUUUCCUUGGAAUGACGAGCUGAGCAUCAGAGACCUAAGCGAUCACGUACAGAUCGGAGAUAAUGCUUGGGGCUGUAUCACUGCCGGGCCCCGCAUCAUACAGCGGGAUCCCAUGUCUGUCAGCUCACCGUCGUUUAGGAAGCGGCCUCAUUUCAAUGCCAGGUGCCAAGAACGGCCAAACAUGCUUAGCAUGCAAGGCCUGGAAAAGGGCACAAUUGGUUACCAGGCCGCCUUAGAGAUCUCCGUUGCCGACUCCCUGCAGGAGGAGCAGUAUGGAUUCGACAGCUUAGGUUCCAAGGGUCGUGUGAUUGUAGAGCAGCGCCAGAAGCUUAUUACCUCUCAGGAGAGCUUACGACAUCUGGAUGACUCGAUUAUUAUGGAACAGCUAAUGAAGACCGAGGAGAGGUACCAGGCAGAACGAAGUGGCGCUCGGAUGAAAUCCCAUGAGCUUUACAACGAGCUGUUCACUAAAAUUCUCCAUCCGCCUACUAGGGUCAUCGACCCUAAAGAUCCUUAUAGCUUGGCUGUGCAGAUUCAUGCCCUGGUAAAGGUUCUUGGAGCUCCAAACGCGUGGAUCGAUUUCUCGCGUAUAGAAUGGAGAAUCCGCCUUGGCCAGAUUUUGUGGGCCUUUCCCUUAGACGAUGAGAUAUUCGACGGGGUGGCGAUAAGUGAGGGAACUGACGCGCAAGAUCGAAAUGAAGAGCGUUACUGGCUAUUACUCCAGAUCCUUCUUGCCUGUGAGUUGCUUAUUAGACUCGACGCCAUCACUGAAGGCGAUGAGUUUGGUGUAGGGGAGAGUCUCAAGGCGUCGGAAGUACACAGAUUCGAGAGAGAAGCGAAUACCUCUGUUAGAUGGUCUUUAAUUCUCGCUCGGUCGUGGCUUGAAAACAUCACGGUUACAAAAACCUCCGUCGCCCAUCCUGAGCCAUCUGUGCCGAAAGGCUGGCUGUCAUCGUUGACAAGCAAGAUGAAUCUCAAGCAUGAACAUAUGCACGGAGCGUUUCACGCUGAUCACAGUCAAAAUCGCCACAAUGCUCAUCCAGAGCAUGCGUACGCAAUCAAGGGCAAGUAUAACGAGAGACAAGUAUACGGACUGAUACACUUCGCGCGAAAGCUGCGAUGGCCGGAUAUACAGUCAUCGGGUUCAAAGGUAGCCGAAAAGGCUAUGGCGGUCGGUAAGGCGACACCUAUCACUAGGCCACCUCUUACACACGACGCGCGGAACGCUUCAUAUUUUGCCAACGAAAAGCCACCUGUGCAUAACAGGAGGCAACCCUCUCGGCGGCGAAGAAUCGAAGCGGCUUUGCAUGAAUCUGGAUGGUUCUUGAAGUCGUAUGUAUCUGGUUUGAUACUACCUGGUGAAGCAUUAUCCCACUAUCUCAUGCCAGCUCUACUUGAGCUGGACGAAAAUGCAUUAUCGAAACUUGGUCCUAUGGCCAAUUUGUGUGGUGGCUUCGUCUACAGUGGGAAGAGCUUCUGGAGCACAGCCUGCAUCGUCGGCCGUGUUCUGGCUGCCGGGCAAGGUGCUGCAGAGUGUAUGGGCUGGAUAUCCAGUGACGUGAUCCCGCAAGGGCUGGAUGAAGGUUGGGUUAACGUUGCAGUCGACCCUAUUCCUGCCGAUGUGGCCCGAACAGGGAAGAAGGCUCGAAUAUGGGGAAAAACUAUGAUCGAGCGAGAGUCUGAUGUCCUUGGUGAUGGUGAUCCUUCGAAUGUCCUCCCUGCCGACUUUGUUGUUCCGCACGAGACCGCAUACGUUAAUCCUCCACCCUCGAAUAUCAGGAUUGAGUUGAAGUCGUUGAACUUUUACGCCCCGGUGGAUAAUGCGAGCCCAACCACUACAGAUAAGGGAUUUCACCCCUUUUCCGACUCUAGCAAAGAGAAGACCCCGGAGAUUCGCACUUACCCUGCGUCUGUAACCUUGACGAUGUCCCAUGACGGAUUAGAUCGAGAAGAAUAUCACAACUUUGCGCUUUCGAAUGAUAUUUCUUUCGUUACAGCGCAUCCUUGCGUCGCCUCCAGCUAUGUUAAGUAUAUUAAAUCCCCAACCAGCCCUACCAUACAACAAAUCGAUGUUGGUGGUCACGAUUUAAAUGGGAAACCUUCCAGCCCAGCACAUAUCACAGGUCACCCGCUCCAUAGAUUCUAUGCUUAUACGGCAAUCCACCUCACAGAUCUUAUGAGUCAACCUGACGCAACUAUAGAUGACAUCUUAAGUGCAGACACAUUCAACCACCGAUCAAGUAACCAUUUGUCAUCAACCCCCAAUAAACAUUCACGCUUUUUGGUAAUCGAUUGCGUAACGGGCUUUGCCCCACCACAAUCCCCCGAUAUGCCAUCCCUCUCCCGCAUGUCUUCUCUUUCAUCUUCCUUUGGUUUGGAGGCCACCUCUGUGCCCCAACUCCGCAUGCCUGGUUCAGUGGAACCUGAACAACGGCCAAGCACCGGGGUAUCUUCCCGCAGCAAAGUAGAGCGGGUUGAUCCUCCAAGUCCCAAUGCUGAGAGUAAAAUGCAUCUUGGAACACAUAGAAGACAGUUCGGAUCUGACCUCGAGAUUCUUGUCCGCGCUCUCUGUGCCGAGAGAGGUUGGAAUGCGAUAAUAAGCCGCCGUAGGAGGGGCUGUUUAUCCUGUGCCAUACGAGAAGCUGGCGCUCUUGGAUGGAAAGUUAUCAUCCGAGUUGAGUAAUGUUAGGCGCAAGCAUGGAUGAAUGAGAGAUGAGGGCGGGCGUAGGUAGUUGAUUUCAUACAAAAAGCACUUAGCGACAAGGUUACGGAAUAGGUUUAGGGAAAGCAUUGAAAAAUUGCUGCAUUAUUCGGAAAAUCAACGCACGCAUAUUGAUGAAAAGGGGUUAUGAGACGGAUGGGUAGGACAGGGCAGCAUGUGCAUAUGGAGGUCCCCGUUGCUUCUUUUGUACACUUCGCGAGAUACCCAGCUCCUCAAGCUAUAAAGAAAUAACGAUUAAACCCUUGAUGACGCA